UAAGCAAGUGCACAAUUUGUUCCACCACCAUCAGGAGGCGCAAUAAGCGCCAGCUGCCUGGUUCUUUUUUUUCCGACGCUGCUGUGAUUUACAAAGUUGUGAGCCCCAGUUCGAAGUUCGGUGUCGCUCUGCUGGAUGUCAGUUUCCAAUCUGUGCUGCUCCGUGUCGUGACUACGGUCUUUGGGAAUUUUUUCUCUCUCCCUCGCGACGAAAAAUAGGAAAAGUUUCCGUCCAAGUGGAAAUUUCAUUACCACGACGCUUUUGGCGCGUUAUCAUCAUCAGUUUGGGUGCGAGUGGAAGCUGCUGCCGUUCGUUGGCUGCUGGAAGGUCGUGCAAAGUGCAUCUUGCAGUUUUUCUUUCUUCUGGCGGAGAAAACUGGGAAUCGGUUAAAUUGAGUGAACAUAGUGAAGAACAAAAUUUCUCAAGAGGGUGCUCUGUAACGCUUGGAGAAGCGCGUUUCUCGUUCGUCCAUUACACGGCACUCAUCGUCACGUGUGCGUCGUUAUUGUUGGAGUUGGAUCCAGAAGCGGGUGGUUCGAAACCGGAGGAAGAAUUCAACGGGAGGCAUCGCUAGAAAAUGUUUUCAAAAGUCAACCCACUGUCAACGGCACCGCGCGGAACCUCAGCCACCGUUUGCACAAUGCUGGCUCUCUUUGCGGUGUGUACGUUGGUCAUCGCACAAGUAGCCGCCCAGACGCCGACGACGCAAUCAGCAGCGACUACAGCGGCCAGCAGCAGCAGCAGCACAACGACGGGCAAAUCACAGGUCUCCGAUGAAGCGCUGGAAAAGGCACUCAGCGACAAGCGGUACCUGAUGCGGCAGCUCAAGUGUGCCCUCGGCGAGGUGCCCUGCGAUCCGGUGGGGAAGCGGUUGAAAAGUUUGGCCCCAUUCGUGCUGCGAGGAGCAUGCCCCCAGUGCACCCCGACGGAGACAACUCAGAUCAAAAAGACCUUGGCCCAUCUGCAGCGAAAUUUUCCCGCCGAGUGGAACAAGCUGGUGCAAACCUAUGCGGGCUAGAGACGCUCUCGAUACCAAAACGGAAAUGCCAACAAUUGUACAAAAUAAAACAAAAAAAAUGAGCUUCGCAAAUAAGUGGGGUGGAAGGCGCUAGUGGAAGUUUUCCCUCCUGGGGCUUUUGGAAACGGGGAUUAGCAUGGCGAAACAUCAAAAGGAGCAAAAAAUAAAACCGUCGGAAACGACACAGAACUUAUUACGACAGAGCACCAGCAGCAGCGGCGCGGCAGCUGAUAAAACAUUUUAAAUAGGGAAAUUUCAAGCGUGGAAAUUCACUAGCGAUAAGGAGUAAGGCAAAGUGAUAAUAAAUUAUUACGCUCGGCUGAGCGGAACCACUUGGAUAUGAA